AUGGCGCCGCAAUCCAAGAACACCUUGGACGUUCGCCCUACACGGGCCUCGUCUCGCUCCCCCAGUCGCUCGCCCCGGCCGAAGAACCGCAAGAAGGCUGCUGCUGCCUCCUCGAGCUAUCAAUCAGAUGGCGUCACAAAUAAUAAUAUAUUCAAUCUCCCAACGUCCGAUUACAAGGUUAUGGUUCUGGUGACAAUAGUUGCCGCCGUGGUGCGGCUCUUCAGAAUCUACCAGCCGACAAGCGUUGUCUUUGAUGAAGUGCACUUCGGUGGAUUCGCGACGAAAUAUAUCAAGGGCCGCUUCUUCAUGGACGUUCACCCUCCUCUCGCCAAACUCCUCAUUACACUGGCCGGAUGGCUUGCUGGGUUUAAGGGCGACUUUGAUUUCAAGGAGAUUGGAAAGGAUUAUCUUGAACCCGGGGUGCCUUAUGUGGCGAUGCGAAUGCUCCCCGCAAUCCUGGGAGUCCUGACAGUGCCAAUUAUGUUCUUGACUUUGAAGGCUACGGGUUGUCGUACCGCCACCGCUGUGCUGGGUGCUGGUGCCAUCCUCUUUGAGAAUGGAUUAGUCACACAAUCUCGCUUUAUCCUCUUGGACUCUCCCCUAGUGUUUUUUACGGCCCUCACUGCUCUAGCCUUCACUUGCUUCACAAAUCAGCAUGAACUGGGUCCGUCGCAUGCCUUCCGCGGACCCUGGUGGUUUUGGCUGGCAGCUACUGGCUUGUGUUUAGGUGCUACUCUGAGCGUCAAGUGGGUCGGUCUGUUUACAGUUGCCUGGGUUGGUUCUCUGACUAUCCUGCAACUGUGGGUGGUACUCGGCGACACAAAUAAUGUCACUCCCCGCCUCUGGUUCAAACAUUUCUUUGCCCGGGUGUUCUGCUUGAUUGUGAUUCCCUUGGGAUUCUAUUGCGCUAUGUUCGCAAUCCAUUUCCUAUGCUUGGUAAAUCCGGGAGAGGGUGACGGAUUUAUGUCCUCUGAAUUCCAGGCUACUCUGAACUCCAAGGGCAUGGCAGCUGUGCCUGCAGACGUUGUCUUCGGCUCACGUCUUAGCCUCCGCCACCAUAAUACGCAGGGGGGAUAUCUACAUUCCCACAGUCAUAUGUACCCCACCGGCAGCAAGCAGCAGCAGAUUACCCUGUACCCUCACAAGGAUGACAACAAUCUAUUCGUUGCCGAGAAUCAGACCCAACCUCUUGGCCCCGAUGGGGCAGAAAUUAUGGGGCCCCUUGCGUGGGACAAUAUCACUACAAAUUAUAUCGAGGACGGCGCUGUUAUUCGACUCAACCACAUAUUGACCGGCCGACGAAUUCACUCGCACAAUGAGCGGCCUCCAGUGACUGACGUCGACUGGCAAUUCGAAGUUUCUGCAUACGGAUACGAAGGAUUUCCUGGCGAUGCGAACGAUUACUGGCGCGUUGAAAUCGUCAAGUCUAUGUCAGACGGAGAGGAAUCAAAGAAACGACUACGGACUAUUCAGUCAAAAUUCAGACUUGUUCACGUUAUGACCGGCUGCGUUCUAUUCUCCCACAAGGUCAAACUUCCCGAAUGGGGGUUCGAUCAACAGGAAGUUACCUGCGCAAAGAGCGCCUCUAUGCCUAACAGCAUUUGGUACAUUGAAAACAACAAGCAUCCAAUGAUACCUCCAGAUGCGGAGAAGGUCACCUACCGAAACCCCGGCUUUUUUGGCAAGUUCUUCGAACUCCAGAAGGUGAUGUGGACUACCAACGCCGGGCUGACGGAUUCCCACGCCUGGGACUCCCGCCCACCAUCAUGGCCAACUCUGCUCCGUGGUAUCAAUUUCUGGGGUAGAGACCACCGUCAGGUCUACCUCUUCGGGAACCCAUUUGUCUGGUAUUUGUCUACCGCAGCUGUUUUGGUUUAUGUGGUCUUCAAGGGAAUUUCUGCUAUCCGCUGGCAACGGAACUGUGGUGAUUAUCGCAAUUCCACCUUUAAAAGAUUCGACUAUGAAAUUGGUACUGCGGUGCUCGGCUGGGGUUUCCACUAUUUCCCGUUCUAUCUCAUGGCACGCCAGCUCUUCUUACACCACUAUUUCCCUGCGCUGUAUUUCGCUAUCUUAGCACUGGCCCAGCAGUUUGACUUCAUCACGAACCGUAUCAGCAGCUUGGGCCUUCCCUCACGGCCUACCGUUGGAAAAGCUCUGGCUGGUGUCUUCCUCGGGCUCACGAUCUUCACAUUCACUCUUUACUCUCCUCUCGUCUAUGGCAGCCCAUGGACAAAGGAUGCCUGUCGGCAAGUCAAACUCCUGAAUACAUGGGACUUUGACUGCAAUACUUUCUAUGCUGACUUGAACCAAUAUGUGACCCAGUUUGCAGGCGUAAACCAGGCUAUUCCAACGACGCCAGCAGCUAUCCCCCAAUCUUCCAAGCCUGCCCAGGUUCAGCCAAAGCAAGAAAAGCAGGAGAAGAAGGAGAAGAAGGAGGAGAAGAAGCAAGAGAACUUCGAAAAGAAAGAGGGAAAGAAAGAACAAAAGCCCGGUAAAGAUGAAAAUCCCAAGGCGAGCAUCACAACAAGCACUCCAAAAAUUCGCGGAACCCAGGCGCGAGUAGAGUACCGUGACCAACAAGGAAAUAUCCUUGAUGAGGCUGUGGUUGAAUCACUGCGAAAGGAGGGCAAGGUAUCGUUCGAGACGAAGCACGAGACCCGAACCCGCCUAGAGCAUGGCCAUAUAGUCGAUGUUGUUGACGGCAAGGUUGCCCCUCCUCAUCCAGAUGUUGAAGGCCAAAACCCUGAAACCCAGGAGAAGCCUGAGGAAAUUGCGGAAGAUAGCCCAGCCGCCGCAGCUAGUGCAGGAAGCUCUGUGGAAGAGCCCAGGUCCCCCGAAGCCAAGCCAGCCAGUGAGGGAAAUGAGGCGACACCCUGA